AUGUCGUUUUAUUCCACACGGAUUCCUUAUUACCAGUCUUCUGAUAAUUCCAGCCCACCAUUACUCACACCAUCGCCACUUCCUUCCGGUUCUUUCGAACUAUGCUCCGCUGCACUCGAUUUUUCUCAAGGACAAUUGGAGUCAAACGAUAGCAAUUCUGCUCUAUUUCAAAAUGGAUAUUUACAUGGCCCCAGUAACUCUCGCGUCGUCACCUUACAAAAUCAGGUGAACCAGCUGCAAAUCGAGCUCAUUCAAGCGAAAACGGCAUAUUCAACAUUAGAGUCUGCAUUCCGCGAGCUUGCACGCAACGUGCAGCUCACUAAUACAGAUCCCACUCGAGUUACUACUGCUACUCCAACAUGCAACCAGAUACCUCCUGUCGACAAACAAGAUCAUCCAGAUGUCAAGUUUUGGAGCCGUGCAGAUUGGGAGAAAUGGCACUCGACGCCUCAGGGACUCAAGCAAAAGGUAAAACGCGGACCCGCACCUUACCUAGAACACGAGGAUGGCCAGCCAGUCACCGAAGAAUUACUUGAUGCUAUUCGCAAGACAAUUCGCAGCAUCUGGUUCGAAUUCGCAACUAAAGGACUCCUCCCGACGAGUUGGAGCAAGUUAAUCCACUCAACCAGAUUACUUUUUCACAGCCUCGUGGAGGAAAAGCACCCAUUGUUUAGGCUAGCGACGGACGGAUGGAAAUUGGACCUCUUAUGCAGCACUUCCUACCCAUCGUGGCGGAAGAAUCACCUCGACGCCAAUGGUAACUACGUUAAGCAUUCUAAAAAGGUCAAAGAGGAAAAUAGCAAUGGCGAAUCGGAUGCUCGGGACAGGAAACGAGCGUGGAGCCCAGAGCCAGACUCACUGUGCACCAAAAAACGUGUCAAAGGCGAGUCUGCGAACUCGAACUCUUCCAAUGCCACUGCUACAAGUCCUCCCAAUGCAACUACAAGUCCUCCCACUGCAAUCACAAAUUCUCCCGCUGCAACUACUAGUAUAAACUCUCCCAUCGACGCAAUGACGAGCUCUCCCGCUCUUGAAUCCGAGGAGGCUGCUGCUGGCAGUGUGAAAUCUGCGGGGCCCUCAAGCACUGUCAAUGACCAAGUUGAACUGAGUACAAAUUUCAUUACAUCUCUGGGUUCUCCGCUUGAUGAGCCCCUUGAUCCGUUUAUAGAUCCAAUGCUUCUCGACGAUCACAUUAACACCCAAUCCUUGGCCCUACUAUCACCCGACUCGGGGAAAGAAAAUAUGCCUGCGGCUACAUUGGUUCCUGCUCCCUCAAUUCGUCCACCACCGAUUCUUCUAAUCAACCCAAUUACCAGUAGCACUGGAUCGAGUCGCCAUCCACUGACUAAGUCAGCUAUGGUCAAUGCCGCUACGACGCCCACUGUACCACUUCCAGGUACAUCUGAUGCUGUUAAGGGGGCAGAAGCACUUUCCUCGACUAUCGCAAAUUCGGCCAGUCCCUCUUUCAAGCCUGUAUCCGAGUCAACUCCACUCGCGUCCCCUAACGACGGCCCCGAUACUUCUGCAUCAUCAAAGAAAAUUGUCAGAAUGCGACCGGGUCCCAAGAAAAAUGGACGGAAUUUGUGCGCAUUUCGAUGGCUCAAGCAAGUUAAUACCGGCGGCGGUUCCACGAAGGAAUUUAACACAUACUAUUCUCAGUUGGACAAGGAGCAAAUCGAGUUAUAUGAUACAGAGGCUGCACGCUUAGAACGAGAAGGACUCUGGACAAAGAACAGCGACAUUCUCGACGGCGCUAUGUACUAG